AUGCCUGUCGUUGCUGGCCCUGCCCCAGGGGGUCCUGCGGGUCCCUCGACCUUUGACAAGAUGAAAAUGGGUGCUAUGAUGGGAUCUACUGUCGGUGGCAUCAUGGGAUUCAUCAUUGGAACUGUGACCAUCUUCCAGUAUGGCGCUGGCCCUAACGGUGUCAUGCGCACCCUAGGCAAGUAUAUGGCCGGCUCUGGUGCGACUUUCGGGCUUUUCAUGUCCAUCGGUAGCGUUAUCCGUUCCGAGGGACCCUACAACGAUGCCUGGCUCCGCGCCCGUGGCCCCCCGAUGAUGCUUCCGCGCCAGAACCCCCUACGGCCGAUGCGUCAAUAA